UUUCUUCGUCAACCGUUUGAUGUGGACCUCUGAAAAUGUGUCAUUUUUUAUAUAAAUUUUCAAUUAUUAUUGAUUAUAUAGAAAACUAAUAUUCUAUUGGCACAAUUAACUACAUUUAUUUUAAAUAUAAAUGAAUAUCGACGGUUAUAUUUGUUAUCGAACAGUGUCAUUCCGAGUAACAUAACCUUACAAUCAAGGAUCUAUAGUGUGGCAUUGUACAGUGCGUCGUACAGUGGCAUGUGUUUUCGAUGGAAAUUCAUUUGAAUACAAAUUAAUAUGAAAAUGUCAAUGACAAUGCACUUUAAAACAAUGGUGUACGGUUUAUUAUGCAUUAUACAUAUUUAAAUUUAAAUGUCAAGUCUUCCUGCAACAAAGACAUUUUUUAUUUUAAGGGUCAGAUGAAAUGGAGAUCAAAAUAGAAUAUCCAGAAAUAGAAAUGGAUGAAGAAGGCGGAGAAAAUGAUCUAUAUCCUCCAGCUGAAAAUGGAGAAAAAGUACCACUACAUGUAAUGAUCAACCAUCCAAAUUACAACUUAUGGACUUCAAAAGCAACAGCAUGCUUGAUCAGCCAGUACAAAAAGUAUCGACAUAUGGUUGGCCAAACAACUCGAUUCAGAAGUCUCAGAGAUAUGUUUGAAACUAUUUCUGUUGAUAUGCAAAAGCAUGGCUUUUACUUUAGUCCUCAAAAGUGUGAAAAUAAAUGGAGAGUACUUGAGCGUAAAUACAAGAAUCUGGUCAUUAGAGAAAUGAUCAAGAAACCUGGAAGAAUGAAGCACUAUGGUCACUGGGAGCACAAAAGAGCUUUGGAUGAAAUUUUUGAUGAAAACAGGAAGCAAGUGUAUUUGAAAGAAAGCGAAUAUCCAACGAUAACCAGUUCAACAAAAUAUGCCAUCAUUUUACCAGAAGCAGCUGCCAAGGCAGCUUCGAAUCAAACUGCUGCUUCACAGAAAUCAACACAAAAUAACGAAGUCAUUGAUCCAAUGAUAACAGCUACAACAUCUAGUGUUCAAAUAACAACACCAAAUCUUGAUUCAUUGAAACUUGCAAAUGCUGAAUUGUUAAAGGAGUUAAAGGAAGUUUUGACGGCUGCUGAAAAAAGCAAAGAGAGGAGGCAUGCUGAAAAGAUGGCUAUGCGUCAAGAUGAACUGGAUAUUCAGAAGAGGUUGUUAAAGAUUAAAGAGCAAAAAAUUGAAUUAAAAAAAAGGGAAAUCAUCGCCAUGUCUAAUUACGUUAAAAGUAUUUAAAGUCAUUGUUAAAUUAUUUAUUUUUUACCAAAGUAUACAUUUAAAAUUUUUUUUAAUAAAAAUUGAAACGGUAGUGUUUUGAUAGAUGAGUAGACAAACUUGACAUCUUUAUUUAUUAUUACAUUUGAAUAGAUCAAUAUUUUUAUGUUUGAAUAUAUCAUUCUUUAAAAAAUAAUUUUGUAAAUGCUUGAAAAGUAUAAGUUACCGUGCGGAAAACUGAUGCGUGGUUCGUACAGUGACCACUAGAUGGAAAUAUUUUUCGCAUUCUUCUCACUUGUGCCGGUAUAAACAAUACUUUACUAAAUACUUGUUCAUUGCAAAGAAUUGAUUGAUAAGAAGAUUUUAUGCGACAUAACGUAUCGAAUUGUGUAAUAAUAAUUUUGUAUGUAUACGAUAAGUAGAUUGUUAUGUUUAGCGCUAUUUGCAUUAAGCUGUAUAAGCUUAUGUUUUUUUUACGGAUUACAAUUGUGCAUAUGAAAACAUUCGAGUAUUGCUCUAUCAUUACAUAAAGAACAUUUUGU